AUGCCUGAAUACCAAAUCUCGUACGAUUCAGAGCUGGACACAUACCAGCUCUACCACCGCUACGAAGAAACCCCCCCAAAAGACGACUGGCGCACAGCCGCCCUCCGAGGCCCCGCCCUCCCAGCCCUGGGAAACGCAACAGCAGGAGCCGUCGGCUCAGCAAUCUCCAACCUCAUCACCUACCCCCUCAGUCUCAUCAUCACGCGCCUCCAGACACAGAACCAGCGAGCCAAAUCUAAUAAGGAGGGGGAAGGGGACAACGACGAUGAAGAGACAUACACGGACGUCAUCGAUGCCGCGCGCAAAAUUUACGCAAAAGAAGGUCUUGGAAGCUUGUACGCGGGUUUAGCCCAAGAUACUUUCAAGACGGUAGCGGACUCGUUCCUCUUUUUCCUCGCUUAUGGCUUCUUUCGAGAUCGUCGCAUUAGGGCCCGCUCCGGUGGUGCUGGUGACCGUCGCAGCAAGCGCGUUGUGUUACCCGUGCUGGACGAGCUGGCGAUAGGGGUGUUAGCGGGUGCAUUCGCGAAACUGUUCACAACGCCAUUGGCGAAUAUCGUUGCGCGAAAGCAAACGACGCGGUCGAACGCGAGCACGAGGGAGAUUGCGGCGCGGAUUCGAGCGGAGAAGGGUAUCCGCGGUUUCUGGUCGGGAUACUCCGCGUCGUUGAUUCUGACGCUUAACCCGUCCAUCACGUUCUUUCUUAACGAGUUCCUGAAAUACUCUGUGCUGCCUAAGAGUCGGCGUGGGAAGCCUACUCCCGCUAUGGUCUUCUUCCUUGCUGCUAUUAGCAAGGCUACUGCUUCGUCGGUGACGUAUCCGUUCUCUAUGGCGAAGACGCGCGCGCAGGCUACCUCCUCUAGCCAGCCGGCGCCCUCGCCGGGGAAGGACGAGAAAGAAGACGAAGGAAUGUCGCUCGUCCCGCCAAUUAUCUCCAACGUGGUGACCAUCGCACGGACGGAGGGCCUCACCGCGCUGUACAGCGGCCUCACGGGCGAAGUCGCCAAGGGGUUCUUCUCACACGGCUUCACCAUGCUCGCUAAAGACGCCGUCUAUGCCGCCAUCGUGCAGAGCUACUACCUCCUGCUGAUCGUGCUGCGCCGCUACCCCACGCCGGAGGAGCUGAUCGAGCGCGCGCGCGAACAGGCGGAGGAGUGGGCUGAGGCUGCGCGCGAGGGCGCGAAGGACCUGGCGGGCUCGGCGAGACAGGGGGCGGGGGAGGCGCUGGCGAAGAGCUCGGGGAGUGUUGCCGUUGAUAUGUCGAGUGGUGGUGGAGCUGCGGGGGUGGGGUCGAAUGAGACGGUUGAGAUGGUGAGCGAUUAUGUGGAGGAUGAGGCUGCUGAGUGGAAGGGGGGGUUGUAUCGGUGGUUUUGGGAGAAGGGGACGGGGAAGGUUGGGAAGGAGUGA